CACAACAACAACAACAAAAUCCCAAAUCCCAAUUCAUUUCAUCGCUUCAAUCUCUGAAACCCCCCUUUUCCGUCUCCAUUUCUUCCAUUCAACCAACCCAUUUGGGCGAAACUGAUCGCUCAUUUGGGCUUCAUAUAGUGUGAUCGAUUGAGAGAAAAAGAGGGAUUGAGUGAAAUGGGUAGCCGAGAUCUGGAAAGAGGAGGGGCUAAACCCAAUAACAACCCACCUGGGAAUUACUCAGGUUCUUAUUAUCAAGACGCCUCUGAGAAGCAAUGGACUUCUUGGUUGGUUCCUAUGUUCGUGGUGGCUAAUGUUGCUAUGUUCGUUGUUGUUAUGUAUGUUAAUAACUGUCCCCACAACAAUCUGGGCUCUCAGGAGUGUGUUGCCAGGUUUCUUGGACGGUUUUCUUUUGAGCCUCUUAGAGUGAAUCCUCUGUUUGGUCCUUCUUCUUCCACACUACAGAAACUGGGAGCCCUUGAAUGGGAAAAGAUAGUUCAUGGGCAUCAAGCAUGGAGGCUCAUUACUGGUAUUUGGCUGCAUGCUGGAGUCAUUCAUUUGCUUGCAAAUAUGUUGAGCUUGGUAUUUAUCGGGAUCCGCCUCGAACAACAAUUCGGAUUCAUUCGGGUCGGGAUACUCUACUUGCUUUCGGGAUUAGGUGGAAGCAUAUUAUCGUCUCUUUUCAUACAAAACAACAUCUCUGUUGGUGCCUCUGGUGCUUUAUUUGGGCUUCUUGGUGCAAUGCUAUCAGAACUCUUGACGAACUGGACUAUAUAUACCGAUAAGGCUGCAGCUCUCAUCACACUCAUCGUCAUCAUCGCCAUUAACUUGGCUGUCGGGAUUCUUCCUCAUGUCGAUAACUUCGCCCAUAUUGGCGGGUUCUUGACAGGCUUUCUUCUUGGGUUUGUUUUGCUUCUCCGUCCUCAGUUCGGAUGGAUGGAACGUCGACAUCUCCCCGCAAGUUCUCGAGCUGUAUCUAAGCACAAGGCUUACCAAUAUAUUUUAUGCUUCGUGGCCCUCGCUCUUCUAAUUGUCGGGUUCACGAUCGGGUUGGUGAUGCUAUUUCGAGGGGAGAACGGAAACAACCAUUGCAGGUGGUGUCAUUAUCUAAGUUGUGUGCCAACAUCAAAAUGGGAAUGUGGGAACUGAUUAGGCUUGUUUUGAUAUCAUGGUACAUGUCUAUGAAUGUGUUUGUUAAUGAUGAUGCAAUGUUUCCAUAUGUUGUCUUAGUUGAAAGAACAGUGUAUGUAGAAAAAAGGGUGACGUAGUUUGUGUGUUUGUGAGCUCUCUGUUGUUCAUAUAGUGUAUCACUUCAUUCUUUUUGUGCUUACAUCUUUGGAUGUUCAAUUUAUGGAGUAAGAAUGAAAACUUUAAUA